CGUAGCAUAUCGAGCAGAUCCGAGAGGUUUCCUCUAUGAACCAUCGUGUCUAAAUGAUGAAGAUAGCUGGGAACUGUUCCAUAAGGUAGCAAUUGUUCAAAGGGUGCAACCAUAUGGAGAUCACCCAACAGCUACGGGGGCAAAAAAUUCUGAAAAUCCUUUAAUAACGGUGGAAAGCAUGGAAAAACUUGGGAAAGAAAUGGUAGCACAUUGUCGUGGUCUGCCGCUGGCCAUCAUUGUGCUUGGAGGUGUUUUGGCAACAAAACAUUUCAUUGAUGAAUGGGAGACAGUACAUAAAACUAUCAAAUCACACCUGAAAACAAUCAACGGCGACCAGAGAAGUGCUGAACUUGGAAUUAUGGAGGCGUUGGCACUAAGUUACGAUGAUUUGCCAUAUCAGUUGAAACCAUGCUUCCUUCAUUUAGGCCAAUUCCCAGAGGAUUUUGAAAUGCCUACACGGAGACUAAUCAAUCUGUGGGUUGCAGAAGCCAUGAUACCAACUCAAUCAUCAAAUGAAAGAGAGAACGAGGAAACAUUAGAGGAUGUCGCAUAUCGUUACUUGACAAUGUUGGCAGAAAGGUAUUUGGUUCAAGUGGAGAGAAGAAGUUCAACCGGAAGGAUUAAAAGUUGCCGCAUGCAUGAUCUUAUACGAGAACUAUGUUUGACAAAGGCCAAGGAGAAUGAUUUCUUCCAAAUCAUAGAACUUCGUGACAGUAACAGGAAAAUGGAGUUGUUCUCUUCCCCAAUAGUUAACAGACCAGUUUCAAUAGGUAGGAUGCGGAGAGUUUCCGUUUAUUUAAAAGAUUUUAGUGGGUUUAUCUCUUUGGGAACUGAAGAAUGUCCUCCGGUUAGGUCUCUAUUGGGAUGCAGCAACAACAUAUAUAGUGUAAUAGGUCAGGAGCUGAUUGAAUCCAUAGUCAGCAGGUUCAAGUUCCUUAGAGUCCUAGAUCUUGAAAAGAUUCGAGGAUUCGAAAUACCAAAAGGAAUAGGGAAUUUGAUCCAUUUAAGGCUUUUGACUGUAAAUUCUGCUUGGACAGGUGUGCUUUCAUCAUCUAUAGGCAACUGGAAAUUCUUGUUGGCCCUGUACAUAGAUCCAAAAACGUCGGCAGAACUAAUUCCAGAUGUGAUUUGGAAGAUGAAAAGAUUGAGGCAUUUGUAUCUUCCAGUGCAGUAUGGCAGGUGUACCAGGAAGUUACAGUUUGCUAAUCUCAAUGACCUGCAGACCUUGAAAAACUUUCCAGCAGAGAUAGCAGAUGUGAAGGAUCUGACCACACUGCCUAAUCUCAGAAAAUUGGUAGUACAAAUACCUGAUGACAGCAAGCUCGAUGAGUUCAUGGCAAUCUUCCAACCACCAUUCACAUUUAACUAUCUAAGAUCGUUGUCAGUAGAUACUCGGAUGAAUGCUAGAACAAAUAUAGAUGUUGCAAAAAUCAGAUCAUGCUGUCCUCACCUCGAGAAGCUGAAACAAAAUAGAAGGAAAAUCUUCCUGAAGUACCAGAAUACUCUCCAAAAGACUACAUCUUAGGGUGAAGCUUCCAGAAGUAUUACUAGAUUUUAUUUUGAACAUCACCUUUUCGACGCUUUUGUACCUGAAAAUUGAGGAAGACUGAUCAUGCCCACUCCAGGGAAGCUGCCUGCCUUAGCUUGACAAUCGUCUACUCAUGUCCGUUUGUCGAUCAGUUAAAUUUGCUCGAGCUACUUUUAUUUGUUCUCCAUAUAUAUGUGGUUAUGGGGUCUAGGAUUUGUCUGUGGUACCUGCUGUGGUUUUUCUGUUUGUUUUUAUGUUAUUUUUCUCUGUUGGUUUGUUUAAUGUU